CCCACGUCCAAAAUUAUGGAAGGAAUUAAUAAAUAUAAAUAUGGAUUUAAAUCAACAAUAGCUCAAUGUUGGGCAAUAUCAAGCAUAUGGUUAUUACAAUUUCAAUUCGGCAUACAUGUUGCAAUAUUUAGUAUAGUUAUAGGUACCUUGGAAAAUAACAGGCCAGACGAAAAUGAAUUUUUAACCAUAACAAGAGAAGAAACAUCUAGGAUUGAUAGUUUAUCACAUUUGUUCACACUACUGGGACAUGUCUUGUCCUCACUUUUACUGGACCGUCUUGGUCACAAAAAAUGUAUGAUACUGACAAAUAUACUGUUCCUAAUAGCACAGAUUAUGUUGUAUUUUGCUAAAAACGUAGAAAUGCUAUACGCCAGUAUGAGCCUAAUGGCGUUUGGACUGGGAUAUUCAAAAGCCCCGAGUCUUGCAUAUGCCGGUGAAGUAUGCGAUCCGAAACUAAGAGGCGUCUUGAUUUCAUCAUUGGAUAUAUUUUAUUAUGUCGGAUCCAUAAUAUUGUUUACUUUAUACAGCUAUAAUGAGCAAUGGAGAUUGACGGUGCUAAUAACUACGGUUUUUCCAAUUUUGACCAUUAUUAUAUUAAUAGCGAUUCCAGAUUCUCCGAUGUGGUUAUUGGCCAGAGGAAAACGUUCAAAAGCACAUCGAAACCUCAGCAGAUUGAGAGGAAAUGUUUCGUAUGAGAAAUGUGAAAACGAAUUUCAAGAAAUGGUUAGAUACAACGUUCCCUCUAACAAUGACGAACAACAUCACAAAGAAAAUACAAAUAUUUGGAAGCAACUUUUGGAGCCUGAAGUACUAAGGCCUUUACGUUUAAUGACGAUAUAUUUUUUCUGCAUAAACUUAUUAUGUGGAUUACCGUUAUUCCCUUAUUUAGUAGUUAUAUUAGAUACAUUUCCUGGACCUGUUAACGUCGAAUGGCCAAUAGCAUACGUGAUAAUCCCUUCUAUAACAGGAAGUAUAAUGGCAGUUUUUCUGAUACGUAAAUUAGGCAAACGAGUUCUUACGCUAUUUACGUCAUCGGUUUGCUCUAUUUGCUAUAUACUUAUUGGACUCAUUGGUGUUUAUUUUAAAAACUCCAAAUCAUGGGCAUCAUGGACAGUACUAAUACUCUUUUUAACUACUACCUUAGUUACAUCAAUUGGAAUGAUUCCCGUUUCGUGGACUCUAGUCACCGAAAUAUUUCCCGCAAAGUGUAGAAACACUUUAUGCUGUAUCUGUUUGGGUGUUCACUUUAUUAUUAACUUUUUUAUGACAACAUAUUACCCAGAAUUUGAAUUUCUAGUGGGAUUUUUUAAUGUAUUUACUAUUCUUGGUAUUUUUGGUUUAUUUGGUUGUAUAUAUUUUUAUUUUUGUCUACCAGAAACAGAAAAAAAAACUUUACAAGAAAUUACAGAGUUUUUCAAAUAGAAUCACACACUCAAUCA